AUGUGGAGGUCCGACGAGCUGUUUGAGAGCCCGCUGCUGGAGUCAGAAGAGGAACAUCUCCUGCUGGACCCAGGCAAUGCGUUGAAGCUGUACUGUGAUGCCAACCAGAGCGGUGCCAGCGUGGUCUGGUACAAGGAGUCCCGGCCGCUCGUCCCGGGGGGUCGUAUCCGUCUCCGGCAGAGCCUGCUGGAGAUCUCGGAGGUUGCCUAUGAGGACUCAGGACUCUACGUGUGCCGGGCACGGGAAACUGGGGAGAUCCUGCGUAACUUCACCAUCUCCAUCGUGGACUCACUGGCGUCAGGUGAUGACGAUGAAGACAGUGAUGGGGACGGUCCCCACGGAGACCGAAGUGAGCCUGUCUACGUGCACAGAGCUCCUUACUGGACUCACCCGCACCGGAUGGACAAGAAGCUGUACGCAGUCCCCGCGGGGAACACGGUGAAGUUUCGCUGUCCGGCCUCGGGCAGCCCCAGCCCCAGCAUUCGCUGGUUCAAGAAUGGGCGCGAGUUCCGGGGGGAGCACCGCAUCGGGGGCAUCCGGCUCCGGCACCAGCACUGGAGCCUGGUGAUGGAGAGCGUGGUGCCCUCCGACCGCGGCAACUACACCUGCCUGGUGGAGAACAGGUUUGGCAGCAUCCGCUACAGCUACCUCCUGGAUGUGCUGGAGAGCUCCCCGCACAGGCCCAUCUUGCGGGCGGGGCUGCCCGCCAACACCACGGCCCUGGUGGGCAGCGAUGUGGAGUUCUUCUGCAAGGUCUACAGCGAUGCCCAGCCCCACAUCCAGUGGCUGAAGCACAUCGAGGUGAACGGCAGCAGCUACGGUCCCGACGGGGUCCCCUACGUGCAAGUGCUCAAGACUGCAGACAUCAACAGCUCCGAGGUGGAGGUGCUAUACCUGCGCAACGUCUCCGUGGAGGAUGCUGGCGAGUACACCUGCCUGGCAGGGAACUCCAUCGGCCUCUCCUACCAGUCUGCCUGGCUCACCGUGCUGCCAGAAGAGGAGCUGGUGCGGGAAGCCGAAGCCCCCGAGGCCAAGUACACGGACAUCAUCAUCUACACCUCGGGCUCGCUGGCUGUGGCCAUGGCCGCCAUCAUCGUGGUGCUGUGCCGGAUGCAGACUCAGUCAAGCAAGCAGCCCCUGGAGCCCAUGGCAGUCCACAAGCUCUCCAAAUUCCCACUCAUCCGACAGUUCUCCUUGGACUCCAGCUCCUCCGGGAAGUCCAGCACGUCCCUGAUGCGCGUCACUCGUCUCUCCUCCAGCUGCGCCCCGAUGCUGGCUGGGGUCAUGGAGCUGGACCUGCCCCUCGAUGCCAAGUGGGAGUUCCCCCGAGACAAGCUGGUGCUGGGCAAGCCCCUGGGGGAAGGCUGCUUUGGCCAGGUGGUGCGGGCAGAGGCUUAUGGCAUCGACAGAGACCGGCCAGACAGAGCUGUCACCGUGGCUGUGAAAAUGCUGAAAGACAACGCCACGGACAAGGACCUGGCUGACCUCAUAUCUGAGAUGGAGAUGAUGAAGCUCAUGGACAAGCACAAGAACAUCAUCAACCUCCUGGGAGUCUGCACGCAGGACGGGCCACUGUACGUGAUCGUGGAGUUUGCUGCGAAGGGCAACCUGCGCGAAUACCUCCGCGCCCGCCGCCCCCCGACACCCGACUAUGCUUUUGAUGUCACGGCGAUGCCCGAGGAGCAGCUCUCUUUCAAGGACCUGGUCUCCUGUGUCUACCAGGUGGCCCGUGGCAUGGAGUACCUGGAGUCCAAACGGGUAGGGCUGGCACAGCCAGCGCGGGCUGCCUGUGCUCAGCACAGCCCGGGGAGGGGCAAGUACCUGGACCUCUCCAUGCCCUUCGAGCAGUACUCGCCUUCCUGUGAGGACACCGCCAGCUCCUGCUCCUCCGACGACUCCGUCUUCACCCACGACCCGCUGCCACUGGCUCCUCACCUCUUCUCCUACCCCAGCGUGAGGACUUAA